AUGCUGGACCUCACCGCCAUCAAGGACCAGGUGAGGCGUGCACGAGGGAGGCUGGGGCCGCGUGGUGCAUGGCAAGCGUGGAUGGUGGGUGAAGGGGACCAGGUGCUGCUGGGCCGUCUGCGCCCCACGCACGCCUCAUCUCACGCACCUGCCCAUUCCCCUCUCUCAUUCAUUCUGAACUCAUCAAAAUCCUCGCGCUCACCACCGGUGGUGCUGGGGGGGCAGCAGGUGCGCUUCAAGCAGGUCCACCUCUCCCUCGCCACCUGCUCCUUCUGCUCCACCGCUCUGCACCGCGCCAUGCGGUCUGGCCUGUAUGAGGCCUCCGCUGGUGCUGCUUCCAGCUCAGCAGCAGGCGUGCCAGGUGGCAUGGAGGUGCGGCGCCACCUGGACUCGGAGGAUCUGCACCGCCACCUGUCGGAGUUCUGGCCCGAGAUCACUGAGCUAGCGGGGCUGGCACUGCCGGACUAUGCGGAGCGCAACGACGCCAACCCCCACGCAGGGCGCUUCUUCCCCGUCUUCCUCUUCCACCUGCACGAGCCAUUCCCGCUGCUGCUGGAUGGCCGCCACCGGGCGCUGGCAUAUGACGACAUGGUGCUGGCUGUGCGCUCCACGGCCCCGCCGCUGCCCUCGCACUACAUGUGCGAGGGCGAGGGGGUGGACAUGGAUCCCAGCAACGUCACGCGCCCCGUGCUCUCCGCCAUCCUGCACACCGCCUGGGGCCUUGCCCCCACCCACGAGGCAUGGAGCGCCAUCCACAAUGCAUCGCAGCACGACUACCGGUGGAGCAGCGGCAUGACGCCCAUGGGCCCCUUCUCACGCCACCUCACUGUCACCACCACGAUGCGCGACACGGCGCUGCGCAACGUGGUGCUGUCCACGCUCAACUCCACCAUCUCCAGCAUGCUCCACCUCCUCUCCGCGCUCCAGAGGUACGGGUCGGAGGAGGCGGCGCUGAAGCCGGGCGCGGUGAGGCAGCGCUUUGAGCAGCGCUGGGGGGUGCUGCGCCACAAGCUGCAGCGCGCCGCGGCGGCCCUGUCCGCAGUGGACAUGCACUUGGCGGGGUACUAUGCGCGGUCGGCGCGGCAUGACAUGGACGCGCUGUUUGAGCUGGCGGGGCAGUCCGCGCAGGACAUGCACACCUCCUUCUCCUGCUUCCAGGAGGCGCCAGUGGCGUGGUCGGUGUGGGGCGGGGGGGCGGUGCUGGCAUAUCUGGCAUUCCUUGUCGGCCGCAACCGCUGGCGAGUCUGGCACGUCAAACACAAACGCUUCUAG